CUAUAUUGUCGCUUAACUACCUAAGAGAAUGAGUAAGUGAUACACUCACUGACUAAUUUUCAACUGAAACGUAAACAAAGUAACACAAGUUUAUAACGAGUGAAGCGUGUCACCAUGCCGUGGGGCGCCAACACCGGCACCGCACCGGCCUGAACAGCUAACAGGCAGCGCCUGCAACACUACGACACCACAACACGGGACACGGACACAGUUGGCGGCGGGCGAGCGUCCCUCCCUGACGUACGCGCUCCCGGCUCGUCUCGAGCCGACAUCCGAUCACUGUACAAUCAAAUCGAACAUAUUCACUGCUGUAAUGUAACAACCGUGUUAUUGGCAUAAUUGCUAUGUCUUCGCCGAACGAGAUUACCGCCACGAAGCGUAUCGACGGCUAAUAUGGAUUUAUCGCUCGACUUCGCACCAUUGGAAGUCGCACUGUGAACCACACGUCCGAUACCGGUGAAAGGAUCAAGCCACACGCCAGUACCGGCCGCAGCAGGAGAACUGUAAACAAGAUGCUCACCCGCGCCCAGCUGGCGGAGCUGCCGCCGCAGCCCGGCGCCUCGCCCGGCCUCAUGCGGCGCCGUUACUCCGUGCCGGAGACUAUCAUGAGAAAAUAUCGGCUGGCUCAGCAAAAAUCAGAUUCAGAGGAGAGUGGGCACACGACGAGUCCUUCGCCAGCGUCUGCUUCGCCGCCGCGAGGCUCGUGUAGCUCACUCUGCGACACGCCGCACCGGUUUAUGCGACGCGACCGCGAGCUCAUGCGCAAGUCGGCCCUGCUCCGACGGAUGUGGGGCCGCUCAUGCAACCCUUGUCAAGCGUGUUGCUGCUGUAGUGGCGAUCUGUGCGACUCGCAAACGUAUUGCGGACGCGAGACCAGAUCUCUGGAUGGCUCGCGUUCUGAGUUACGACAUUUAUCUAGUAGUUUUACAUCUUCUCGACAAUCACACGCAGCCACCGCUGCUGUUGGCUGGGCAACCCCAAAGCGAUUGCGCCGUGAUUCACCACGAGACUUUCGUGGAAGUGACGAGAUGCUCAGGGCGGCGAUGAAGAAUAGUUAUGACAGAGCCGAGGAGUCUCGCUUUGAUAUGGUAGUUAAAACAGAUCAAUCUGGUUUUACCUGUAGAUCUUACUGUCCUGAUACAUCAUCUCAUACAAGGACAACAGAAGCAUUUAUUGAUAAUAGUGCUCGCAAAUUUGAAGAUGACAUUGAAAAAUAUGAUACAACACGAGAUUCUGAAACAGUAUUAUCGGAUCCGACUACUGCAGAAAUAGACUCAAACACACAUAAAGAUAUACAUUAUGAAAAUGAAAGCCAGACUGAUACCUCGGAAUCUUUAUCGAUGUCAAUGCCAACCACUAAAGAAAUUAAUGACUUUGCAGGGGAGAAAUUUUGCAAACAAAUAUCUAAUAGUAGCGCUCAUAUAGAAGGUCGAAUCAGUGAAAGAUCAAUGAACCUUGAAAAUAACGAAAAUAAUAUUUUGUCAUAUGAUACUCCACUGGCAGUAGAAACUCCAGCGUAUGAUCUUCUAGAAAUUGUGGUAUCUGAAACAUUGAAUUCGAAUUCAGUGCCUGCUAUUAAACACUGUUCACCAGAAACCAUACUUACUCCGACAUCAAAAGUACCUACACCAAAUAACAGAAAUACACAAAACAUUAACAUUGAUGAGUAUGUUUCAAAUAUUUUAGUGGAAAGUCUAAAUUCCUUAACGGAUCAAAUUGAAUGUAUGAAUGCAUCGAUUGGUCGUGACCGUAAAGUGAGCAUAGUGGAAAAAGAAAUAAAAGUAAAAUUACAAAAUACAGGUGUAAAUACAAUUGUUCACCUAAGUCCAAUGUCCAAUAAUCAAAUCAUAUUUGGGAACGAGGAAUUAUACAAUAAUGAUGAAAAUAAAGAUAAUUGUAAUAAUCCUCAAGGUGUGAGAGAUAGAAUUUCAUUUCAUGAAGAAAUUCAAAGUAUGGAAUCCAAUAAUAAUCUUACAUCUGGCGAAUCUUUACAUGAACAAAGUACGUCCGCUCAUCAGGAUUUAUUUUCAGAGUCCAAUUAUAACAGUGUAAUUCAGCACGAUAACGUCAAUAAAGCCGUUCUGCAACAGAUACAGAAACUCUUUCAAGAUGAACUCUGUAGUCUCAAUGAAAAUUACUCUCAAAACACUAUACCGGAAAUAUCUCAUAUUGAAAUUUCAAAUGUUGAUGUAUAUGUAGAUAAUAAUGCAGAUGAAAUCUUGGAAGCCACUGAUAAUACUAAUGCACACAUUCAAAAAGACAUAAAAGAUACUGAAUUAAUCAGUAAUGUAGGUGCUGGAAAUUAUUUUCAGGAUUCAAACGACAAUAUAGUACCUCGAUUUUCAGCACUUCCUCACACUGAUUCUAUGGAAGUAAAUACCUCAUCUUCAGAUGACGCAGACAACAUAGGUUCAGAUUGUACAAGUCUCGUAGAUAGUUUAGAUGAUCCAAAUUCUCCUAGAUCGAUACUCUUGCGUAGAUCAUUUAAUACUAACAGGAGAAACGAGUUAGCGCGAUCAGCAAUAGAUGUUUUGGAUUUAUUACCUGAAAAUUCUUACACGAAUCAUGGUAAUUUGAAUCAAGCUAAAGAAAAAGGUGAAUCUUUUUUUAUUAGGAUAAAGGAUAACAACUUCGACUGCGAAAAAGAAAACAUGGUUGUAGCUGAUCAUAUGCCAGAAAAAAUAAAACAAAGACUUUAUCGACGACAUAAAAAAAGAGAAAUGCGUUUGGAAUGUGCACGACGAAGCAAAGUAAAACAAUUAAAAAAAGAUCUAGAGAAGCAACGUCAUAGUGACUUGCGUAAAUCAAAAAAGGAACUCGAAAAGGAUUGUAUGGCUAUUAUUAAUGCUCUCAUUGACGAUGUUAUAGCGAAAAUAGCUCGAGAUGAGCACAAGUAUAUGCGUAUAAAGCAGAAGUGUAAUAAAAUGUCAUUAUCCAAAUCUGAUGAAAAUGUUUCUAAAAGAAAUUGGAAAAAGGAUCUGGAAUAUUAUAAUUGUAGGAACUCUGGUAAAUGUUUAAAAAACAAUAUAAAUAAUGCUGAUAACAAGCCAGAAAAACAAAUUCACGGUAAAUUAUCAUUGCUAACACAUCCCCCUAUAACUUCAGAUGAACGUGGUCCAAGAAGAUUUUAUCAAAAAUCUGAAAUACAGGAUGGUAAUAAAUGUAUCGAAAUUUUAGAAAUAUUAGAAUAUGUAAACGAGUCCCAAAGUUCUCCAGAUAUUACUAAUUCCGAUGAUAGCCAGGGUAAUAUUAGUAAAAAUAAAAAGUCUCGAAUACCGGUUCCAAUUUACGAACGAAUUCAGAAAACAGCUAAUAACUGUCACAAAAAUUUCAAAAGUAAUGUCUGUAGGCAAACAGCAGCCAUGACAACUCCGCGAGAGAGCAAUACUAAAUCUAAUCGGCUCAUUACCAAUAUGCUACUGGAAGUGCUCGCAGAUAAUGAAAAUGGAAGCGAUAAUGUGAUACAUGAUAACAAUAGAUUAAAUUCAUCGGAAAUUCCAGCCAGAAGAGCAUCGGUGCCGCACUGUGAGCCAAGGUCGCGAUCUAACUCACUGAAAUUUAAACAGGUUUUUGACAUUAUACCAGAAGAGAGAAGCAGCCUAAGUAUCGAUUCCUCUAACGAAGAUAUACAUUAUAGUCGCAGAGCAUCCGCACCAAAUCUAAUCGACGAAUUACGACCAUCUUAUAAUAAAAAAAGUAAUGAUCGGGUUACUGGUAGUAAGGAAACAUGUAGAUUUACAGAUACAAUGAAAUAUAAAGAUUCUCAAAAUUCAUUGAAAACAUCAAGAGAAACAAAAUGUACUGGAACUUCUCCAUUAACAAAUAGCAUAGAUGAAAGAAACAUGAAAAGAAGCCAAACCACAAUGACAUCACCUAGUCAAAGAUCAGCUGCCACUAGCCCUAUUCAAAUGUCAACACAUUCUGAAACCACGUCUACCAUGACCAGUAGUACGGUGAGUGGCGCAACGACAGACACGACAAAAUAUAAUUCGCAGAGCAGUACCGGUGAUAGGGCGGCAGCGGCGAGUGACACGGUGAAUGGCGGGAGCGGGGUCGCGGCGAGCGGCAAGCGCGGGCUCGCGUCCCGGAGCCGCGCCUGGCUCGGCUUCACGCAGCCCGAAGCUAAGCUGCACGAGGAAGGUUUGAAAGAGAAGAACGUUGUAAUGGAAAAAAAUAAAGACUGCAGAUCAGUAACAACGCAAUAUGAUCGGGAAUUAGAUACACACCGUACCGUUCGAACCAUUCAAACGGAAACGUUUGAUCCGAUAAUAGUAGGCGGAGAUAAAUAUCGGGAUAAGUCUAAAUCACAUCAAAAACAUAUAGAUAUGAAACCUUCAAGGACCAAAAUGGAUAAGAAGGCUGCGAGAGCGAAAUCUGAAUCUCGUGAACGUAACAGAGUCGAACCAGUCGAUGGCAAUGCUAAUCGAGACACGAAUGGGGUACGAGACGGAAAUAUUACUUUUCGAAAGACAGAUAAGCGAAAAAUUCGCACUAUAUCGAUGGAGCGGAGUGAGGAGGAAACGGUGAGGACGAAAUCGGUUAAAUUGCCUGAAUUCAAGCAAAGCGGUACAGCGAGCUCGAGCGAUAGCAGCGAGUCAGGCGGUAGUCUGCUUUGCUCGCUGGCGCCCAAGUGGCUGUCAACACAUGCACGCCACAAGCGAGCCGCGCGUCGCCGCGACUCUGAUGCCGGCUCACCGCAGCCUUCUGUAGACGUCGACGCCACAGGCGGAUGGUCGGUGACGGUGGCAGGCUCGUGCCGCGCCGCGCUGCCUGCCGACGUCGAGAUGCGGCUCAGGUUCCCGUCGGAGCGCGAGCCGCCCUCGCCGCCCUCACCGCCACGUCGCCAGCCGCCGCACCGACAACCGCUGCGGACUCACAACUUGAUCGCCACCUCGGGCUGCACCCUCUCCAGCCACCAGGAGUGGAGGUGUCGCGCGCGACAGUGCACCGAAUGCACCUGUACGUGCUGUGGUGUUGGGCGAGGGGGCGGGGGCGGGGGCGGCGGCGGCGGCGACACGGUGGCGCGCGAGAGGGAGCGCGACGAGCGGGCGGAGCGCCGGCCGCCGCCGCUGCCUCCGGCCGCACCGACCGCGCAACCACUCCACCCACAUGUCACUAAUGCCGACAGUGGCAGACUUACGUUCACCAUGAAGAAGGAGGCUUUAGGUUCUUCAAUUCUUGCAACAAAGAGUGAGAAGAAAUCUAACGAGCCUCUACCAGAUCUCGAGACAUACCGCGCAUCACGCAGCAAAACGAAAAGUUCGGUGAAGACGCGUCGGGGAUACUCCCUGCACUGCUGGCUGCCCGACGACACUCCCACCUUGCUCAAAACGAAUAACGGGCUGUCUAUACUGGGCAGCGCUAUAAUUCCGGAAUUGAAGCCGCGAGUGCCGACUAUGAGUGAGCGCGACCUGACGCGCGUGUACACUCCGCGUCAUUACCUGCGUUCGUGAGCAUGCGCCGUGCGCCGUGCGCCGUGCGCCGUACGCCACGCGCCAUGCGCCACACACCACACGCCGCGUCACGAUCAUGGCCCGAGAUCUACAGCCAAGUGAAUGCAGAAAAAGCAAUUAUUGAUGAACUUCGUUAUAUACAAUCUUCUAACAACAAAACUGUAACCCUUUUAACUGUACAAAAAUAAUUGUUAAUACAAAUAAAUUCUUAAAAAGAAUGAAAUCCUAAUAAUAUUUUUUUUUAUUUGAAUAAAAAUAUGUACUUAUAAUAGUAAUAAACUUUUUUUAACAAUG